CAUAUUAAUGCAGUGCUAGUGUGAAUUGUCGUGAUCCGAGUCGGCGGAGAUCUGCCCCUCCGUUCUCGUCGUUCGCACGGCCGAAUACGAUGUGAAGACGGGCUCUAGCAAAAUGCCAAGCUCAGCCCGUCGAUCGCCUACCAAAGACCCUCCGUAUCAAUGCUACUACGGCAAUCGUAGUGUUUGUGCCUCCUGCCGUAAGCACCACUGUGUGGAUGCUAGAGCGCUCCUGGUCCUGCUGCAAGUGAAAUGACUGCGAAUCCCGUCUUGUGUUGUGAUAUUGCUUACCGUUCAGCUCUCGGAUGUUGUUGCUAGAACGGAUGCUGCUAUUCGUUUGUGAUGUUGUUGUUACGACCGCAGUGGCUACCGCAUAUGUCGUCGAAGUGACCGCUCCCGAAUCUUGUCGUCGUCGUCGCCGCCGCCGUUCCGUGUGAGUGUGUGUCUCCGGGAUCGGACUCGAGAAGGAUAGGAGACCGUGUUUCGGCUCAGUCCCCCUUCCCCGGCUCCGCGGCCGAGCUCCUUCGGCCGACGCUAGUCUCGCAGGCCCUGCUGCUGAUACUGCUGAUACCUGCCUGUCGCUGCAGCUCCGUCAGUGGGCAGACUCGAAACGGGUCGAGUACUCCUCGACCGUUCCGUCAUCCAUUCCACCCAGUCUCCUCAGUCCCCCAUUAACCGUAGUCUGUAGUAUCUGUUGUAGCUAGUGGCACACAGUGUUCAUUUACCCGUUUUUACCCGCGGAUUAUCACGGUUAUCGUACGGUUACGGCUUGUCGUGCCGUUUUAUGAGCCUACUGGUGCCGCCACCCGAGUCGUAUCCGCAUCUGAGCAUAGCGCAUCUCGUCGUCGCUGUCGCCGUCGCCUUCGCUGUCUUCUCAUUUACCACCUUGAACAACGGCUGUUCACCACCCCCUCCCCUUUCUUUGAUCGUUCGUAGGCUGUUCUGUACGUUUGAGUGUCUCUCUCACUAUGAAAAAGGGGUAGGGGUAUUUAUACUGUCUUAUUUACUAGCUCGUCGUUGGAUAAAUCAGUAAUUGAUUCUGAUCCAGUCGAAGGAACAACGGCGCUAGCCCCAGCAGUCACGAGAGAACACGCAGUUGUCGUAACGUGUUGUUAUCGUAGUUGUCGAGAAGCAACCUCCCCAACCAUUAGUGACGCGAGAGAAAGCAAACUAGAGGAAGAUAAGGGUUGGGGGGUAGAAUAAUUGUGUGCUCUUUCUACCGUCCUGUCCAUCACCUCUUCUUUGAUGUGUACCUCCUCCUGUUACCACUACAUCAAUAGAAACAGUAUUAACAGGCGCAGAAGCAGAAGCUGCAGUCACAGCGGUGGUUAAUCAUCGACCGGUCGUAAUAAUCAUUAUCACCUUUGUAUUAACCGCUUGCGGUAACCAUAUCGUAGUCGGACUUGGUACGUGUACCAAUUGCAGUAGGAGAGAUACUGGGGAUAGAGUAGCUGAUAGUGGUGCUAUAGUAGUCGUUGUAGUAGCAAUAGCUGUCCAGUCCAGCGCAGUGUAGUGUGCAUAGGGUGUAUACGGACCUCGAUCGUGUGGGUUGUGGUAUUUCUGUUGCUGCUUCUGCUUUUCUAGUGCUUUGUUUUGUCGUUGGGGUGAGUGUGUGUGGAGUACCGAAGGCGCGAGGCGUCCCAAUGUUGUGGCUAGGCGGGCGGCCGCGAGAUGACCCAUGUGUUCGGCUGGGCGUGGGACGGCGCGCAUUGGAUCGCCUGGCAUAGUUCGUUCUCACUACAGCAGCGACCGCUGCACGAUUGCGUACUUCAAUUCCACGUGGUGCGCGCUCGUCUCGAGAUUAGUCAGCUGCGCCAGAGCGUACAGCUGCUCGGCGGACAGGUGGCCUCCGACGCGGCGCCUCUCGGUGACCGCGUCACGCACGUUGUCACUGACAAGGAUCCAACGCGCGAAGAGCUUAACGGUCCCCAGACCCCUCCGCUAUCGCGCGGACAGCUGUUACUCAACAAAUCAGCUAGUCGUCAAGGCUCAAAGACAGCAGCUAGCGCCCACAGCCACAUACUCGAACGCGCCAAGGAGCUCCGUGUCAAGCUUUGGAACGUGAGUCUGUUUGUGCGCUGGGUCGAGUAUCAGCUCAGUGGUCUCAGUUCGGGUUUGACUGCAUUUGCCGCCGUUGCCGGACUCCAGCAGCAGGUGCAGCAGCUGCAACAACACCAGCAUCAACAGCAAACUCACAGCAAUCACAUAAGCCACAGUCAUCAGCUAACGAACGGUUUCAAUAGCGCUAGCCUAAGUAGCAGCGCGAGUAAUAAGGCUAAGACCGUCGCUCAGCCGAAUAUCAAAGUCGAAGACCAUCGACAAAGAUACAAGCCCCAACAGAAAACCCUCAAAGAACCAUACCUACACCUUGAUCCAGAGUAUCCGGCAAGUCCAUUUGACGACCCAGGUCACCAACAGAAAUUUGUCAAGCGCGAGCGUGCACGAAGAUUCGAAGAAAUCAACAACAAUCUCGUCGACAAGGUACAAGGAAAAGAAGUAUCGAAGCGCAAGGACGACACCGGUGGUGGUGGUGGCGGGGGUACCGGAGCGGUAAAAAAAUCCAUAAAUCCUCCCAAACAGCAGUACUGUGAGUGUUGCAACGCGUACUUCUAUCACCUAGACGAACACCUGCAGUCUGAGCAGCACCGAAAAUUCUUCGGUGCCUCCGACGAGCAGUUCCGCUGCGUGCGAGAUCUCAUCGAUAAAUUACAGCCCCAGUGGAUGGGCAGUCUGCAGCCGUCGUUAACGCUACAGCAGCAGCAGCACCAAAAUAGAGAAACUCUACAGUAUCUACAAGUUGCCGAGCAUCACCUUUCAGCUAGCCUCGUACAUAGUUUGGGCCAACUUGAACAGCAGCUAGCUAUCGCUUCUCAAGGCAAAAGCACUGAAGCAUUACUUCCUUUGGUGGGGCUAGAGUCGUCUCUUGCCCUGCCAGCUCUCCCUGAAGCUCGACAACAGCAACGUCAUCAGCAGCCCUCGCAAAAGCCCUCAACGACACCAUUAGGUGGGCGAAACAGUAACAAUUACAGUGUUGUUGGCAGUACGUCCGCUGCGGUUUCAAACAACAACAACAGCCGCUCUGCUGCCGCAGGCUCGGGAACAAACGGACUUACUUCGUUAUCGGCAGUAAACAGCAGCGUCGUGGGCAGUGGCAACGGCGACAUGCACCCAGCGAGCGCUUACGCGCUCAACAUGCGCCAGCAUAUGCUCAACCAGGCGUACCGGAACGCUGCAAGUUCUGGUCAGCCGGCAGGGGGUGCUGUCGGUGGCGUUGGGGCACAUGCGGCGCUCCUUGGCCGUCAGGCACCUGCAUCCGCGGGACACUUCGAUUCCGGCCAUGGAGGUCACCAUGUUUCAAAUUCAGGCGUUGCCCUAAAGGGAGGUGUACCCGAAAGCAUCGAAGGUUUAGAAGGGGGAGCCUCAGCUGGCGUCGGCCAUCGGGGUGUUGGCGGCGCGGGACCUGGCGCUUCCCAAUCUGCCAACCCGUUUCAAGGGUUAGAUCUACUUAAUAGUACUGAACAGCUGAUUGCUGCAGCAACCGCUGCAACCUCAGGGGUGCCCUUAGAUUUUUCACGCACGGCACCUCCACAUCAUAGUUUAGCGGCAGCUAUGAUGCGAGAUUUGUCAGCUCAUCUACCCACAACACCAAUUUCACACCAUGCCAUGUUAGCUGCCCAUCAUCCGCAUGCGGCUGCCUACAAUUUAUCGCAAGCCGCACAAGCGGCUCACAAUGAGAAGAUACUCGAUGAUUGGCUACCGAAAUUACAAGACCAACUUGGUGUCGGCCAUUCCGGUCAUCACGGAGGUCAUCAUACCGCUACUGGGGGACAGGCGAGCAGCACGCAAGCACUUGAUAUGUGGAAUGCUUUGGGACAGGACCAAAACACGGCUGCGCAACCCAAUGUACUUGAUUUGUUUGCGGCAUUGGGCGGCACUGGCGAUCAGGAUUUUGCGCAGCUAAACUUGCAGAGCUUUCUGCAGGUAAUGACGAACGUUGAGGAGGAUCGAAAACGGGCGCAACAGAUAUACAAUCAGGCGACCACUGCGCCAACGGGGGGUCAUCAUCAUUCAACUGGAGCGCACUACCAGCAGCAACAACAACAACAAACGACACAAAAGAAUAAAGAACGACAUAGUCACAGUCAGCAAAUCCACCAUCAGGGCCAGGGCCAAUUAAGCAACCAGGGUAACAAUUCCGUGGCCCCGGCUCCAUCAAGGUCCGAACUACCUGACCUCCCUGAUCGCGUUGUGAAUGCAGAUCCGUCGCCCAAAGACAAAGACUACGACACGGCAGGGUCGCAAAGUGCCACUCCGAGCCCACAGGAAAGUCAUCAACAAACUACGCCGCAGCAGCAACGGACGAAUCGAGCCGCCUCUUCAGUACAGCCUCAUCAAACGCAAGAUUAUGAUAGUCCCUUACAAAAAUCACAGUACAGUAGUCCAAUGCCUAAAGAUGAGCUACCUGAAGCGAACUUAGUAUCCAAGAAGACCCCCGGACAAGAUGACGCUAGCCAACAUGAUUCCAAAGGAUUCUCGGAUAAACAGCUUGAGAUGAUUAAUCAGGGUUUAUCCGAGUUGCACAAAUUAAUUGAUCAACCCGGAUCAGUCGAUAAUCUUUCUGCGGUUAGCACGGCGAAUAACACACGAGUUGUAGACGCGUCACCACAAGGCCCACCCAGUAACAACCAACAGCAGCAAGCGCAAGACUUCCCGCAGACGUUUACUCCCGAGAUCUCAGGUCCCCAACAGGCGCAGAAUGCUUUUCCCGAUGUGGUUUCGCCCUUCGAUGGCCAACAGGGUGGGCAGUUGAGCCAGCAACAGCAGGGGCCAACGCAGCAGACUCACACACCUCAACAGGGCCAUCAUACACCUCAACAGGGCCAUCAUACACCUCAACAGGGCCAUCAUACACCUCAACAAGGACAUCAUACGCCUCAGCAACAAGGGCACCAUACCCCUCAGCAGCAGGGACAUCAUACGCCUCAGCAGCAGGGACAUCAUACGCCUCAGCAGCAGGGACACCAUACGCCUCAGCAGCAGGGACAUCAUACACCUCAACAAAGCCACACGCCUCAACAAGGCCACACCCCUCAGCAGCAGGGACAUACGACCCCGUACUACGAAGGUGGACCCCGGUCCGUCCCGCCACCGGGUCAGAUGCAAAAUAACCCCCCGUCCGUACCAACGACUAACCCACCUUCGGUGCCAAUGAGCGAGAACGGACUUACUCCUCAGCAUACGCCCCAGCGGCACGGACCACUCACCCCGCAGCCAAUGCUACAUCAGCCACCUACCCCGCACACUCCACACACACCGAUGACUCCCCACACACCGUUAACCCCACAUAAUAACAAUAACCAAGGAGAGCACAUGCAGAGCCCGGCGGGCCUGCAUGGUCGGGCGCCGCAGCAGCAACAGCAGCCCAACGCAGCAGCAACCAGCUCAAUGGGACAGAUGCUGCAGCAGCAACAACCGGCCAAUGUAGCCCCUAUGGACCAGCAAUCAGCGUCGCAGGGUCAACCCAACGCCAUGGACAAGUACGACUUCCAGGACGACCCCCUGGCAGGCGCGCCUGUCGAUUCGCAGAUGGCGAGUCCUUGGCAUCAACAUCAGCAGCAGCAGCAAGUAUUGCCUAGCCUGCAACACAUGGCGGCAGACAAGGGCGACUGGCAGUCGACAGGCCUUCCCCAGUUUGAGGCCAUCUCAAGCGACAACGCUAAGGAUGGCCACGCUCAGGGGAUGGUCAUGACGGCCAUGGACCAGGGCAUGGGUCAGACAGGGCCGCAUCAGCAGCAGCAGCAGAUGGGGACUCACCACCACAUGUCCGGCCAUAUGGCUAACGACAACGCAGCGCCUGUGCCAGCCCCGUACGAGAAGGAGCUUCCGUCCAAGUACCUCAAAGGCCGAGGUUACCAGGGUUAUGGGCAACAGCAACAACAACAACACGGAAUGUCCGGUGGCAUGGGGAUGGGUGGUGGUCUGAUGAGCGGUGGUGGCCUGAUGCCUGGUGGCGUUUUAAGUCAGGAAUCAAACGACGUUCUCAGCUCGCAGGACUCGAAUUCGCUCGCGUCCAGCAACGCUAACACGCCGCAACACUCCGGCGUACACGGCAACACAACAACUGGACAGCAGCAGACUUCAAUAACGAGUUUCGGAUACCAUAAUGAAACGAGUAAAGACUCAACGGACUUUGCGGCGCUCGACAAAAAGUCAUACGUGCAUGCAAUUGCGCAGCACCACCAGCAGCAGCAGCAUCAUCAUCAACAGCAUCACCAACACCAUCAACACCAACUGCAGCAACAGCAACAACAAGUGCAGCACCAACAGUCCGGAGACAGUGGAUCCCACAAUCGUUGGACGGCUCAGCGAAAAGCAAAACGCGGUCGGUAUGGCGGUAUCAAGCUGCAGUUUACCCCUGCAGGUAGAAACAAAACACAGGGGGCAGGUGGAGUAGGGCCGGCUGGUUACGGCAGUCAGCACGGAGGACAUCACUCGAUGUUCAGCCCCAGUCAAAAUAACAGCCACGCAGCACCGAAAGGUGAUCCAUAUGACUGGAACGAUGAGGACGAAGCUUCACUGACGCCAACUAUCCGAAAAAGGAAUUCACGCAAUUCCCACGCUUCGUCGGCUCCACUUUCUUUCUCACAGUUCACCCAACAGCAACAGCAACCACAACAACCCGCCCACCCCUUUCAUUACCAACAAUUCCACGAACAGCAGCAGCAUGCUGCGACAAGUAGCUAUCAGCAGCCGUCGUACGGUCAUAAUCAACAGCACGGCUACCAACAGCAACAUUAUCAACAAGGAACUGGAGGAGGUUCGGGAGGAGGAGGAGUAGGAUACCAAGAGCAACAGCAGCAGCAGCAAUCUUCGUAUCAUCACCAGCCACCGACUCAGCCACCGCAAAGUUCAAGCUCAUCAUCGGCAGCGGGAGGAUCGGCCUCACAGGUAUCUGGUUCGAACUCCACUGACCCUCAUGACGAAUGGAAAAUGAAGAUGGUCUCCGAAACCAAAAUCGUGCUUAAGAAGUUCAGUUUAUCGUCGGGGGGCAAACCAAUGUCAUAUAGUAAACACCCGCGAAAGCGGCAUAUAUAAGCCUAUAUUAUUCCGAGGGGGAGAAAAUCAAAUACAUAAUUACCUAGAGAGGAAAGUCGUCAAAAGGUGACUGGUUGAAUACGUAACUAAGUUGAGACAUUAGUUUUCUCUCCGCGUGUGUUUAAUAAUCAGUCAUACAAAAAAGGGCGGGGAAGGAAUAGAAGGAAGGAAUAGUGGAAAUUCGGACAAUAUUUACCGCCAACGUUGUGACGGGGCGAAUAGGAUCUGCUGCUACUGAUUAUUGUCACCCUGUGAAAGCAGUAUGUGAUGGCGAUACGCGAAAAAAUGAUCAUAAUGAGACUAACUAGGAAAUGGCAUACGGUUGCGUUUCAUGCGCGAUUGUGACACAUCUACUUGUGUGAGUUUUGAAAAGAUAGGGGAGCACUAUCCUAUUCCUUCGAUCGAGCCGAAGCCGUCGGAUGAACGGAGAAAAAGAAAAAAACCCUCGAACUUUUGGUUAAUUGUGGUAAUAAUGACGAUACGGACACUCGUUAGCCCAGUGGUGUGCCCUAAAGGCUUCUAGCAUGAUAGCGUUGUUUACUAUGGCCGACGGAUGGUACGGCGAUGUGAUGAUAUUACAAUACGUCGAGCCGAGAAUGAAGGGCGUCGAACUUUGCGUAGUUCUAGCAGUUUUAUUAUGAGCAUAUUCAAAUAUAGUUAGCUAGCAAGUUAGAUUUUAAUUUAGCCACUAGGGUUAGCUACUGAACAUUUAGUGCAUAGGGAUGUUUAUUGUGUCGGGAACGGAUUGCCUAUUUCUCCGCUCUGGUCAUCUCUGAAGAAUCGAUUGAUCGGUUGCCUCGCUUUUUCUAGCAGUGUUUUACGAUGCAACUGAUUCCGCGGAACUGUUUCCGAGUAUAUACAUACAGAUACAAUAGAUACAUCCAUAUAGCUAGGGAGUAAGAACAACUGGUGAAAAAUUACAAGGCAGCCGAUGAGGACAGUGUAUAUACGUAGCAUCGUGGUAAUGAUAGUUAUAAUAGUGAUGACAGUACAGUGUACAGUUCGAGUAACUCAUGUGUAUGCAUCUGAACCCAGUUACCUCUAUCGACGGAUCGACCCGUAAUGACUAUGAUCAAGUGUACAGGAAAGGCAAAGGCCAGUUCUUUAUAAAUACUAGAGAAGGAGAUAUUGGAGAAGGGAGAGAGGCCGUCUUGAGGGACAGACAUUUUUUUCUUGUAAGGAGUUUUAUGUAAGCGCACGUGUGUCUGUAUAUGUGUAUUUGCGAUUGGGUUUUCAAAGAGGAUAAUGAGAAACGAUGUGCUGAAUUACCGGCCGGCCAUAAAUCUCACCCGUUUAGACUUCAGUUUCACAAGUUGAUAUGUUUUGAUGAUCUCCUCGUCAUCGAUUAGGAGCGGGCAAAAUGUAGAGAAACAAAAAUGCAACAACGACGAGGGAAUUAGAUAAAUGGUCAGGUGGCGGCGGGAGAUUAUUUCGAAGAACCUGUGCUCAAAUCCUUCUUCCGUUUUCGAAUAAUAAGUCCUACUGGCAGCUUGGCCCUGUUAGUCAGGCCCUGCCGCCUAAGGGCCAUUAAAGUUACGUUCCUUUUUUGUGUUUGAUACAGAUAUGACACGAAUUCAAGAAAAGUAAGAAUUAUAACAAUAACAUUAUUAGUGCUAUGAUAAUUACUGUAAGCCAUGAUAUAUGACAACAAUAUAGUAAUUGUGAAAGUGACGGCAACUCUAACGAGGAGCUACGAAAACGAAAUGGGAGCUAUUUAUUCUAAGACAAGUACAUAUAUAUAUAUAUAUAUAUAUAUAUAUAUAUAUAUAUAUAUAAAGGAAGAGAGCGGGAAAGAGUGCGUAUAGCGGUGUGACAAGCAAUCAACCAAGAUGGCUGGGUCUUGUAAAGAGUCGAAAUAGAGCUCACUGUAUUAGGCGAAAACAGGAGCAACUUGUAUUCUAUGUAUACGACGAUAAUUAAUAAUUUAGCAGACAUCUUAUCGCAUAGCGUGACGGAGCGAUCUCCGUCUGAGUAGCAACACGUAGAAGAAAUUUCAAGACGACUCACACAAAUAAGGAACCAGAAAUGCGAAGGUAUGCAAAGCAACAGAACAAUGAGUGAAUAUCAUAUGAGGGAUAGGGAAGGCUCGAACGCUACAAACCAGAGAGCUAAUCGUUCAAUAAACGCGGCUAGAUACUAGUGAAGUUUGCCCGAUCUAAGCGGAUGACAAUUAGCUUAGCAGAGACAAGGAUGAUUUUCUUUUCUUUCAGUUCGGAUUCAUCGAUAAAUCAGUAACUGAUGGUUAGAUGAGGCAGCACUGCAACUGACAACAGAGGAAUGACUCGCAAAAUCUAUAAAUACGAACAUCCGAAUAAAUGUAGUUCAUAGGUAAAUCAAAGUGCGUCAUAGCGCUUAUAGCAGUAGUGAGCUGGCGUUAUUGUUGAUACACAGAGCGACGCGCGUCGAAUGGACUAAGAUGCCGUUGACAAUGUAUAUCACAGAACGUCAAUCCAUAAAUAUGUAUUAUAUAAUAGGAUAACAUCUACAUAACUAUAUUAAUGUGAUGUGAUGUAAUGUGACGACAUGUGGUGAGAUGCCGGCGUCGAAUUUACACACACAAUAAAUUCACACAUAAACAUAAAAACGAAACACCUUCUGGGGGCCAGAUUAAUAUUGAAUGAUGUUAACUAGAUACAGAUACGAGCAAAACAUGCAGAAAUCAUCAUACGCCAGAGAUAAUGGGGACAUUUUUAUGGGUAUGUGGUGUUUGGAUAAUUGAUGUAAUUAGUAAUUAACUAUUGGCCGGUACGGCGAACAUUUUGACAUACGCUUGAACCAUUAAGGAUUACAGUGGGUGCAGGAAGUACCAAUUUAAUUGUUUGAUAUCGCUUGCUUAUGUUUUUGAUCACGUAUAGGCACCGUUUUAAGUUGUUUAACUAUUUAAGAUAAUUACUAGUAGUAGCAGUAGUAGAAUAAAAUAUUGAAAUAUUAUGCCGAUAAUAUUGUCUUAGUCUAAAGGUUACUGAAGUCAAAUGGGAACAGCCGAUGGAGUGACAAUGAGCGUGGGAAGCUUGGUUGAAAGUAAGCGUGGUUAUGGGCUACCCUUUUCACACACACAAAUAUAUAUAUAUAUAUAUAUAUAUAUAUAUAUAUAUAUAUAUAUAUAUAUAUAUAGCUUUUUGCCAAUGACAUGCCAAUUCUUGUGGACUAUGCUGAUCAUAUGGGUUAGAUGCAUCUAGACGACAAGGAAAUGAAGCAACAAGCAGGGAGAACGCAGGAGGGAAAUGAUACGAAAUACGUAGGGGAAAAUCAUAAUCCGUUAGACUCGGAGAAUGUCUUCCGGCCUUGUUCGAGCGUAUUGUCUCUUUUUGAAGAAGUAACACACGAGUGAAAAGAAUGAUGAUAUCACGAAUUAAGGAGGAGAUCACCGUCAUUACAGAAUGCGUGUUCAGGCUGAGGUUAGAUAGAAUACAAUACAAUAAUGAUAAACGAUGAAAAAUAAGAGAAAAAGGGGGGCGAUAAAAAGGGUAAAAUGGGGUGGCAUAAAACAAGAGACCGACCCACAACUACCAUGCAUACAAUUGUACAUAUUCUUGAUGUUCAUAUGUUUCCUCUUUAUUUAUGCAUCGUAUGUACUAUACAUGAGCAAGCAACUCAAUGAUCGCGAUCGUAUUAUUAUUAUCAUAGAGCGAUGGAAGGCUAUAAAAGCUGAAUGGCAGGGGCACCCAACGAUUAGGUCAAUAAUGAUUCUAAUAGUAAUAAAACGAUUGUAGCAUGUAUGAAUUCAACAGUAAGGCACAGCGACGUGCCCAGUAAAUACAGCGGAUGUGCUAGAAAAUGCGAACUGGCCGACGUGCAGAUCAAGAAUGAAUGUGGUUAAAGGCAAAACUCUUUUUUGGGGCAAAUUUGAAGUGCGGCCAGAUACGGCAGUACCGGCGCUGAGGGAAGAUGAGAAAUGGGAGUAUUGGAAACGUUUCGAAUAUGCCUUCAUUGUCGAAAACUAAAUGUAGUACUUUUAAAUGAGUUAUCUAAAGGUGGCAGUAUGUCGCCUGACUUGCCUGAAGCAUCACCGAAGUGUCUGAGAUUUGACCAAUUGUCAGGCUACUUUUUCUAUCGUUGAAUUUCACGCAUCUCCUUUGAUAAAUAGUAGGCAGAUGAGCUUACCUCUGCCGAAAUAUUUCUAAUAACUAAAUUCAAAGUGUUUUUUCUUCUUGUUUUUAUUGAUACUUCUAAAAAUACUAUGCCCGAUAUGUGCACCAAAUGACAAUUUAAGAACACAGCCUUUUAAGGCGCUUGACAAGUCUUAAAACCAGUGAUGUCUUCAGACCUAAUUACAAAUCUUUAUAUUGUGACGUAUUGAUCUAUUUAAUCAAAGAAAAAACAAUGCAAGCAUCAUUUAGCAAACAAUGUCUUCGAUUCCUUUUAAGGACAGAAAACCUAGCCCCACUUGCAAACGUCACGUCAGAUUCCCAUUUCUAGCCUUUUGGCCCCAUACAGCUUUUGGCUGUCUCAGGUUGUCUAAGUCGGAUGCCAGCAUCAAGAGCCCUUCUGCCAUGAUGUCGACACUAUUUUCUUUUUAGAGAAUUAAAUUACUAUUGGAUAAAAAAAUGUUGCCUGCGAGCGUUUCGGUGUAUAUACAACAUAUUGAGUGUAAAAAUGGCCAAUAACAUUAUCUCUGUACAUACGUGGUGCAAUAAACCUUAAUAAAAAUGAAAAACUGAACAUACCUUCCUGCUGCAACAGCAUUCUGGAAAUAAACAAUAAUAACAAAUAAAAAAUAAGAACGUUA